UGCGAUCCAAUAAAAUGGAAGGUAGAAGGGUGAGUUGUAGAGGUUGUGGCAUGCAGUUAACUGUGCCACCGGAGACCCGAUCUAUCCGGUGUUACCGGUGUGGAUCAACCAUCUGUCUUCGACCGGUGCCUGAGCGGGUCAACUACGCUGGAGAGUGGAUCAAGGGGUUCUUAACCAACGUAUCUAACACAGCCAUAAACUAUGUUGCAACCUCCUCGCUGAAUAACAAACCGUCACUACCAGGUGUUUACAAUGGUUAUUACCCUCCUCUACCUGCACCACCAAUUUCAUAUCCUUCUUCAGUGGUGGGAAGAGGACGGAAGAAGGCACUUCUCUGUGGAGUGAGUUACAAAGGGAAGAGAUUUGAGCUCAAAGGAAGCAUUAAUGACGUUAAUUGCAUGAGAUACUUCUUGGUUCAAAGGUUGGGAUUUCCAAAUGAGUCCGUCCUUGUUCUCACAGAAGAUGAGCCACAUCCGGACAAAAUUCCAACAAAAAGAAAUAUCCAACAGGCAUUGCAAUGGCUCAUCCAUGAUUGCAAGCCAGGGGAUUCAUUGGUGUUUCACUAUUCAGGCCAUGGUUCACAACAACCAAACCUCAAUGGAGAUGAAAUUGAUGGGUAUGAUGAGACUCUUUGCCCUCUUGAUUACCAAACUGCAGGGAUGAUAAUUGAUGAUGAGAUCAAUGCUACCAUUGUCAAGCCUCUCCCUAGAGGGGCAACCCUUCAUGCCAUUAUUGAUGCUUGCCAUAGUGGAACAGUUCUUGAUCUACCGUUCGUUUGCAAGAUCAACCGAGAUGGAGCUCACUGGUGGCAAGAUCAGAGCUGUCCUUCAGGUGUCUAUAAAGGGACAAGUGGUGGACUAGCUCUUUGUUUCAGUGCUUGUGAUGAUAGUCAGACCUCGGCAGAUACCAAUGUUUUCUCAUCAGGAGAACUUAUGCAAGGAGCCAUGACAUAUAGUUUCAUUCGUGCUGUGGAUUACACACCUGGAUUGACAUAUGGUCACUUGCUCCAUGCCAUGAGAUCUGCCAUUCGAGAAUGUAACUCAGGAAGAAGAUUAAAUGGUCCAAUAGCAUAUCUCUUUAAAAAACUAUUUCGCACUAAGCUAUCUCAGGAACCUCAGUUGUCAUCUUCAGAACAAUUUGACAUAUUCCAGAAGCGAUUUGUUUUGUAACCACAGCAAUAUUCCAUUUUCCUUUUGAUUAUGAGGUUCAGAUAAAUGAGAAUAAAAUUGACUUUAUUUUGUCAA